AUGAUUAGUGAUUUACCGGACACAAUUCUUCAUCACAUAUUGUCUUUACUUGAAUUAAAACAAGCAAUCACGAGCAGUGUUUUGUCAACAAAGUGGAGGUAUGUAUGGGCAUCUCUCCCUUGUCUUAAGUUUGACGUCAAUUCAUUCAAGGACACCCACAGAGCUGGAAAGGCAGAAGCUUUCAAACGAUUUGUGAAUCAGGUGUACAAUCUCCGUGAUAAUUCUUCAAAUAUACAGAUUUUGAGUCUAUGUUGUUAUGGGCUAAAAAACCCAAUGGAUAUAUAUGAGUACAAUAUAAAAAGGUGUGUUGGUGAAUGGAUUGGUACUUCGUUAAAACAUAAUCUUCAAGAAGUAUAUAUUAAAUUUACUAUUCUUGAUUUGGGUUCUCUGUUUCCUUGCAAUCUCUUCACUUGCAAUUCACUGACGAGAUUAGAGUUGGAAGCCUCUAUCGAUUCCUAUCAGCUUUUCAUUCUUGAUCAAUAUGGUUCAUUUAGCUUACCUAGAUUGAAAACAUUGCUUCUUAAGCGGAUUAAGUUUGUGCUUCAUGAUACACCCGAUAAGCUCUUCUCAGGUUGUCCUGUUUUGGAAUCAUUGACUAUAACCACUUGUGUUUUCAAGCAAAGGGAACUGAAAAUUACUGCUCUUAAACUUGAACACUUGGUAAUUGAAUUGUUCAUGGAUAAGAUGGAGCGAAUGAAAAUCAGGUUAAACACUCCCAAUCUCGUAUCGCUUCGUUGUAAAGAUUUUAUGUCAAGAGACUUUUGUGUAGAGCAUGAUCUCUGCAGUUUGGUUAAAGCUGAACUCGAUUUCAUUCCUGGAUAUGAAAAGAGAGGUGGAUUAAGGUUCUACGACAAUAUAAAGUUGCAAACAAGUGUUGUGAGGAUGAUGAGAACUCUGAGAGAAUUUCAUAACAUACAAGUACUAACGUUAUCGCCUUCGUUUUUUGAGAGUUUCCAUAAUGAUCCCUCAGAAGUUCAGAACAUAUUUAGCACUGCGACCAUCCAGUUUUGUAAGUUACGAUGUUUGAAGCUGGAAAUAUGGGGUACAUAUGCAACUCUCUUGGUCAUAACUUACUUACUUUUGAGCUCGCCUAAUACAAAAUCUCUCAUCAUGGAAAUAAACAAGGACCCCUAUCUAAGAAAGUCAUCUCCGUAUUGGUAUGAGGUAGAUUUGAUCACAAGUCGAGCAACUCUCUACAAUUUAUGGAAACAUGGUGAAAGAUCAGUGGCAUGGGAAAUCCGUUGCCUCAAGCUUGUUGAGAUUCGAGGUCUCGAGGGAUCUUUUGAUGAGCUCUGCUUUCUAAGACAUUUGCUGGAGUAUGGCAUGGUUCUGGAGAAAUUGAUUAUUUACCCAUCCAAGGAAUGGUUACGACAUCCAAAUAGAAGGCUAGACUCUUUUAUUAAGGAGACGUUGUUGUCUUUUCCAAGAGCCUCAUCGACCGUCGAAAUCUUAAUGUUAUUCUAAGUUUAGUCGAGAUCUUAGUAUUGUUAUUCUAAGUUGAGUUUACCGUGGUCCAAGGUUUCAUUCCAUUUGCGACUUCAUUUUUACUUCCUAAAGAGUGUCUG